AUGAAAACCCUUGGUAGCCAAACGUGCUUUGUAGCGCUCAAGAGAACCAUUUGCCUUCCAUUUGAUUCUGUACACCCAUUUGCUACUAGCCAAGUUCAUGCCAAAGGUGCGAGGAAGAAGAGACCAGGAGGCCCAGUUGGGGAUUAUCUCCACAAAAAUGGGGACUUGAAAACCGUUGCUGACAUUGCACAAGAAGCAACAGAACAAACAAAGAUUAUUGUGGCAAACCUAACCGACAAACUUGAUGUCACAAAUGAUACUAUAGAUGAACUAGAGUACAAGUUCCAUGAGAAGACUAUGUCCUUGAGCCGGACAAUGGAAGAGAAGGACAGGCUACAUCAAUCUUACAAUGAAGAAAUGAGUAGGUUGCAAAACAUGUCACGUGAUCACACUCGUAGGAUCCUCGAGGAGAACGAAAUGUUGAGAUAUCAGUUGGAUUCUCAAAGAAGAAAACUUGAGCUGCGGUCUAAAGAACUGAACAAACGGGAAGCCCUAAAUGAACUUGAGAGGAGAAAACAAGACGAGGAGAUUGAGAAGAAUGUUUUUAAAAACAAUUCACUUCACAUCGCAUCCAUGGAGCAGAAAAAGGCUGAUGAGAAUGUCUUGAGGCUGAUUGAAGAGCAGAAGUGGGAGAAAGAGGCAGCUUUGAGUAAGAUACUUGAGCUGGAGAAGCAGUUGGAUGCCAAACAGAAAUUGGAGUUAGAAAUUGAGGAGUUGAAAGGGAAUUUAGAAGUGAUGAAACAUAUGGUAGGUGAAGAUGAUACGGGAGUUCAGAAAAAAAUGAUGGAGAUGAACGAACAAUUGAAUGAAAAGAUAGGAGAUUUGAAAGAUGUAGAAGAUAUGCAUCAUGCUCUUAUAGUCAAAGAGCGCCAGAGUAACAAUGAGCUACAAGAAGCUAGUCAAGUAUUGAUUGAAGGCUUGCAAGAUAUGUUAAGAGGGAAAAUGUCGAUUGGAAUCAAGAAAAUGGGAGAGGUUAACCCAAAACCAUUUCAAAAGGCAUGCAAGAAAAAAUUUCCAUGUGGAGAAGCAUCAGUUAAAUCUAUGGAACUUUGCAGCUUAUGGCAAGAAGAAAUCAAGAAUUCAGGAUGGUAUCCAUUUAAAAUUGUCACAGUCAACGGUACAGCUCAAGAGGAUUGGGAGGCUACAGCUAAAGGUUUAUUGUAUGGGUUAAAGAAAGCGGACAGCUUGAGGCCGGCCGAUUAUUCAAGCAAUAGGGACGGAAUCCCAGUUUUUGAAGUAUGUAUCCUGCCAAUUCUAACUGAUUGUGCAUGAUGGCCUUUGAUAGAUUUUUGGGGGUAAUUUUUGCCAACUUUGUAUGUAUUUAUGUAAAGGGUGAUGAAAUAUUAUGUAUCUACAUAAAGGAUGAUGAAAUUGGUCAAAGUUAAAGGUUGGGCUGACAUGGCUAGACAUAGGAGAACUCAUGUUUUGCUUUCAGGGAAUUCUGUAAAUAUUCACACUGGGUUGUAAUUUCACCUGAUGUAGUCUGAUGGGUAAUAUGUUCAGUCUC